CGGCCCGGCUGCCGCCUCUCAUUUUGCAGCGAUCUGAAAGGGGAGCUGAUCUGUGCCGCUGAAGAGCAGCCAGGAAGGUUUCAAAGCGUUCCGGAGCAGCCAUGCCGAAACAUGAGUUCUUUGUAGACAUGACCUGUGAAGGAUGCUCCAGUGCUGUAACCCGUGUCCUCAACAAGCUGGGAGCGGUGCAGUUUGAUAUUGAUCUACCCAACAAGAAAGUGACUAUCGAAUCGGAGCAUAGCAUGGAAACCUUGCUGGAGACACUGAAGAAAACUGGGAAAAAUGCCUCCUACCUCGGAGACAAGUAACCGCAUAGGAUGGCUUGUCUGGUGGGGCUGCUGUGCUAAAGGAAAGAUCAGCACUUGUUUAGAGAGAGGACCUGUGUGCAACCUGAUGAAGCAGUCCAGCAUAACCUCAACUAUAUAAUGCCAGCAUAUGGAGCAGACGUACAUAUCUUGUGAUUGCAGCCUUCCAGAGACUUAAUAAGCCUUCUGUCUUUGUCUCCCAGGAACUGAAGAAUUGUGUGUGGGGGGGUGUUAUCGAGCAUCGGAUAGGUCACCUUAUAUAUGACUGGUGGGUGGCAUUCAGCUUGGGGAGGGGGGCACAAGUUGUGCAAACCUUCACUAGAUGGAGGAGGACCUUAAGAAUUACUUGUGAUUCAUUGGUUUAGCCUUGUAUGUUUGAUAUGUAAAGCUAAUAUUCCUUCUCGGUUCAGCCAGCAGGUGGUGGUCUUGUCUAAUGCUGUUUGCUCGCGUUCAUUUUUGCAGCAUUGCUAACUUGGCUUCAGUAUGAAGGCAGCUGUUUACACUUCUGUCAGUUUCCUUCCUUUGACCACAGUUGCCCUGCCAGAUGCUGAAGAAGAGAGGAAGGGUGGGAAGACAAGAUGCUUUGUGGGGCAAGGACUAAAAUACAUUUUAACCGUAUCUGUUCCUACAAAUGUAGUGUUUAUGCAUUCUUCUUUUGAAGCCUUGUAAUAAAACAAGGAGCUACUUCUAUUUUCAAGUAAA